CUCGUGUUCUGCAACUACAACGUGCCACCGCGAAACUACAGUCUACAUUACAAUCCGAAGUGGCAAAAGCAAAGCUUGCCAUUUUCCAGCACCUCGCCGGUAGUGCAGCCAUGAAGGUAGAGCGCGACCUCCACAUGAGCCGUGGCGACGGCGAGACCAGCUACGCCUCCAACUCCAGGCUUCAGGAGAAGUCGAUACUGAAGACGAGGCCCGUGCUCCACGAGGCCGUGGCGGCCGCGCGCGCGUCGGCGUCGCUCUCCUCCGCCGCCGCGAUGGUCGUCGCGGACCUCGGCUGCUCGUCGGGGCCCAACACGCUCCUCGUCGUCUCCGAGGUGCUCGGCGCGGUCGCCACCGGCGGCCGCCGGGAGGCGGAGGAGCUGCGGCUGGUGACGGGCGGCCAGCAACCGCAGCCGCCGGCGCAGCACGUGCAGUUCUUCCUGAACGACCUCCCCGGGAACGACUUCAACCUCGUCUUCCAGUCCCUGGAGCUGUUCAAGAAGCUGGCCGCCAGGGACAAGCGGGACUCCUUGCCGCCGUACUACGUCGCCGGGCUGCCGGGGUCCUUCUACACCAGGCUCUUCCCCGACCGCUCCGUCCACCUCUUCCACUCCUCCUACUCCCUCAUGUGGCGAUCCAAGGUACCUGAGGAGCUCGCGAGAGGCACGGUUCUGAACGAGGGCGACAUCUACAUCUGGGAGUCCACGCCGCCGCCGGUGGUGAAGCUGUACAGGAAGCAGUUCCAGGAGGACUUCUCGCUGUUCCUCAAGCUGCGUCACAAGGAACUCGCGUCCAACGGCCAGAUGGUGCUGGCGUUCCUGGGCAGGAAGAACCAAGACGUUCUGCGUGGCGAAGUCAGCUACAUGUGGGGGCUGCUUGCGCAGGCUCUUCAGUCCCUUGUAAAAGAGGGCCUUGUGGAGAAGGAGAAGCUGGACUCCUUCAACCUCCCGUUCUACGCGCCUUCGGUGGACGAGGUGCGGGACGUGAUCAGGCAGAGCGAGGCGUUCGACAUCAACCACAUCCACCUCUUCGAGUCCAACUGGGAUCCCCAAGACGACCUGGACGACGGCGACCUCGUGCUCGACAGCGCCCAGAGCGGCGCCAACGUCGCCCAGUGCAUCAGGGCUGUGAUCGAGCCCCUGGUCGCGCACCAUUUUGGCGAGCACAUACUCGACGAUCUCUUCGAGAUUUAUGCGCGGAACGUCGCGGCGCACCUCCGGAAAGUGAAGACCAAGUACCCUGUCAUCGUCCUGUCCUUGGCGGCGAGGCGCGCGCCCAAGUACCAAACGAAUGGCGAUUGCUAUUCGCUUUUCACACGAGGCCAGUUAAUGUAGAAAUGACUAAUAAUUUGGGACAGAGGGAGUAUAUAAAAUGCAGCUACAGAAUAUAUAUAGUUCGUGGACUAUUAGUAGCAGAGAAUAGUUCCUCCACUGCUUCCUUUGGAUUUAACUGGUUCAGCAUUUCCAAAAUGUCAAUCUAUCAGGUUAAAUAUGUACCGUAAUCUUAAGUGUCUAGGUAAUGCCUUGUGCUGUACGUAAUCUCGAGUUAAUAUAUUGAAAAGUUCCAAAUAUUUAUAUCAAAUAAACAUCAUUAUAUUUAUUAUGAAA